UUGACGAGUUUCAACAUGAAUCAAACCAAAGAAGGAACAGUCUGUUUUCACCUCAUAUUAGUCAUACGAGAAGACACCAGCGAACGAAUUGUAUUGUUUACCAUGCUUAUUCUAAACUGCUUAACUGCAGUUUUAACCAUAUUUCAAAAUUCACUCAUCAUUUGGACUGUGUUGAAGAAUUCAAGCCUCCACCGACCAUCGUUCGUUCUACUCGCUUGUCUUGCAUUUACCGACUUCGCAACGGCCUUGAUAUCUCAAACAGCUUUUGUUGUCUACAGUUUGGCAAAGUAUCACCAUAAUUGGGAACAAUACUGCAAUGCAGUCUACGUUAUAAUCUGUUCUUCAGUGAUCUUAUCUGGAGUUUCCCUGGGAACACUAUCACUCGUCAGCAUCGACAGAUAUUUUGCUCUWCAYUUCCAUCUUCGAUACAACGAGUUGGUCACCAAUCAACGUGUUCUGAUUCUAUUUGCCUUGCUCUGGGUAGCUAUGUCAAUGACCCUUGUACCAAGAUUCCUGGGAGAAGUGARUACUUUUACAGUCWUUUUGACAAUUGGCUGUACCCUUUCGAUCUUGACCAUCUUUUUUUGCUACUGGAAAAUCUUCAAAAUAACACAACGACACCAUCGCGAGAUCGAUAGCAUAGAAAACGYGACGAGACCCAACCAAGUMCRCCCUGAGAAUAUUUUGAAGAUCAGAAAGUCUUCCGUCACUUUCUUGAUGAUAACUCUAGUUUUGAUAGUAUUUAUGACUCCAUAUGUCAUAUUCACAUUAUGUUUUGUUAUAAUUGGAUACCAAGGUUUUGUUGUUCUAUUGGGUGAUAUUUCUAUUGCUAUUUUGUUAGCUAAUUCAGCAGUCAAUCCAGCUAUUUACGUAUGGCGUCUUACCGAGCUACGAAAUGCUGUGCUGCGUGAACUGUCAUCUUGUUUUAAACGUAAAAGCUAAAUCAAGAA